AUGGGCUCAACCAACCACUUCGACGCCAAAGUCCUCAGAGCAGAAGGCUUGACAUACUUUACUCCAGCCAACAAUGCUGCGGUCGCCCUUAGCGAGGAUACCACUCUGGUACCCACGCUAUUCCGUCCGCUCAAAAUACGUGACGUGACUCUCAAACAUCGCAUCAUCGUGUCGCCGAUGUGCAUGUAUUCCGCCGAGGCAGACCCUAAAUCACCUGCCUUUGGCGCCCUGACGGACUACCACAUUGCGCACCUGGGUCAUCUCGCGCUCAAAGGCGCUUCACUAAUCACCAUUGAAGCCCAGGCGGUACAGCCUAACGGACGUAUAUCGCCCAAUGAUGUGGGGUUAUGGGAUCACGACCUAAACUCCGAGCAAUUCCGUGGCCUCAAACGUGUGGUAGAUUUUGCACAUGCGCAGGGCGCGAAAAUUGCAGUGCAAUUGGCGCAUGCAGGACGCAAAGCGAGCGUUAUGCCGCCUUGGGUAGCUGCUGAAGAGGGGAUGCGCGGUUUGAGGGCGGAAACUUCCCAGUUUGGAUGGCCUCAGAAUGUUGUUGCGCCGACGGGUGGGCUGGACAUGGUUUGGUCCGGGGGUGGUGCGGAGGAUAAGCAGUACCAUGUACCACGGACACUGUCAAUCGAUGAUGUCAAGGAACUUGUCCAGGCUUUUGCUGCAUCUGCUGCGACAGCAGUGAAGGCUGGUGUUGACGUUAUCGAAAUUCAUGCAGCGCAUGGGUAUCUUUUGCAUCAGUUCUUGAGUCCCGUGACCAAUAAGCGAACAGACGAGUAUGGCGGAUCAUUUGAGAAUAGAACUCGCAUAGUUCGAGAAAUCGCAACGGCUAUUCGCACAGUGAUUCCAUCUGGAGUCCCACUGUUUUUACGAGUCAGUGCAACAGAAUGGCUUGACGGUACCGACGUUGCCAAAGAGUCUGGUAGUUGGGAUCUUGGAUCUACAAUCAAAUUGGCCAAAGACCUUCCUAGCUUAGGCGUAGAUCUGAUAGACGUCAGCUCCGGCGCAAAUCACAAAGAUCAGAAAAUCGAUGCCCAUACAUCCUACCAGAUCGACCUCGCCGCUCAGAUACGCAAAGAGUUGCACGAAUCAGGGGUCCACAAUCUACUGGUUGGUGCUGUAGGCUUGGUAACUACAUCUUCCCAGGCCAAGGAUAUCGUCGAGGGUGCGGAUACUUACCCUAGCAUUGUCAAGGAUGAGGCCGAGGCGGCCAAAUCUCUCCUCAGUGGCUCUGAGCCAAAGGCUGAUGUUGUUUUUGUUGCACGUCAAUUUUUGCGUGAUCCUGCUUGGGUACUCAAUGUCGCCAAAGAGCUUGGAGUGAAGGUCUCUGUGCCACAUCAGUUCCAGCGCGCUCUUUGA